GGCAGAGCUUGUCGCCGCGGCCCCGCACCUCCCUCGGCGGCGCGAGGGGGACGGACCCAAGGUCAGGCGGCGGCGGCGGCGGCGGCGGCGGGCGGGGGGCCGGGCCGGUAACGGAUGUGCCCGCCCGCCCCGCCUCCUGCGCUGACAGAAAGGCGGCGGCGGCGGCUCUCGGUGCGCCAACGGCUGCCGCGCGCAGGCCGGUGCGGAGCAGCAGCGGAGCCGCCUCAGAGCCCGCCCGCAGCAACCGCCGCCCGCAGCAACCGCCGCUCGCCGCCCUCAGACCGCCUGCGCCCCCGCCUCGCUCCGCUCCGCCGCCGGCUCCUGCCCGGGCCGCCGCGCCCCCCGGGGAUGGAUGUGCUGGCCCUGGCCUCGGAGGGACUCGCCAUCUUCGGACUCAUCCUCUUCGUCGUGCUCUGGCUCAUGCACUUCAUGUCCAUCAUAUACACACGCCUCCACCUCAAUAAGAAAGCCACAGACAAACAGCCAUAUAGCAAGCUUCCUGGUGUUUCACUUCUAAAGCCCUUAAAAGGUGUGGAUCCUAACCUGAUCAGCAACCUAGAAACCUUCUUUGAGCUGGAUUAUCCUAAAUAUGAAGUACUACUCUGUGUACAAGAUCAUGAUGAUCCAGCUAUUGAUGUGUGCAAAAAGCUCCUUGGCAAAUACCCAAAUGUUGAUGCUAGACUGUUUAUAGGUGGCAAGAAGGUUGGCAUCAACCCCAAGAUUAAUAACUUAAUGCCUGGCUAUGAAGUUGCCAAAUAUGAUCUCAUAUGGAUUUGUGAUAGUGGAAUCAGAGUAACACCAGACACACUGACAGAUAUGGCCAAUCAAAUGACUGAAAAGGUGGGCUUGGUCCAUGGGCUUCCCUAUGUUGCAGACAGGCAGGGUUUUGCUGCUACCCUUGAACAGGUCUAUUUUGGAACUUCACAUCCAAGGUCAUAUAUUUCAGCCAACUUAACUGGCUUUAAGUGCGUAACAGGAAUGUCAUGCUUGAUGAGGAAGGAUGUCUUGGACCAAGCUGGAGGACUGAUAGCUUUUGCACAGUAUAUUGCUGAAGAUUACUUUAUGGCCAAAGCUAUAGCUGACCGGGGCUGGAAAUUUGCCAUGGCUACACAAGUUGCAAUGCAAAACUCUGGUUCAUAUUCUAUUUCUCAGUUUCAGUCCAGAAUGAUCAGGUGGGCCAAACUACGAAUUAAUAUGUUGCCUGCCACAAUAAUUUGUGAGCCAAUCUCAGAGUGCUUUGUUGCCAGUCUAGUUAUUGGAUGGGCAGCUCAUCAUGUUUUUAGAUGGGAUAUAAUGGUAUUUUUCAUGUGUCACUGCUUGGCAUGGUUUAUAUUUGACUACAUUCAACUAAAAGGUGUUCAGGGUGGUGCUCUGUGUUUUUCAAAACUUGAUUAUGCAGUAGCUUGGUUCAUCAGAGAAUCCAUGACAAUUUAUAUUUUCCUAUCUGCUUUGUGGGACCCCACUAUUAGCUGGAGGACAGGGCGCUACAGAUUACGUUGUGGAGGCACUGCAGAAGAAAUUAUUGAUGUAUAGCCACACGUUUGUAACUGUGAAUGUCGAAAAGAGAAGGGGGAAAGAAAAGUAUUAUAAGUUGUUUAUAUACUUCCAAGAAAAUCUACCUUCAGUAGUUUUAUUACUUGUAUGUUUGGUACCUGUUCUUCAAUUUAUUUUUGCAUGGCACUUGCAUCUGUGAAAGUACAUCUGUAGUCUUGGCCAAAUGGUUCCUUCCUCCUGUGUACAAAUAAAAAUAGGGAUAAUUGGUCCUGACAUCUGCUUUCUAUUUAAAUGCUCUGCAGUAGACUUUUUUUAAAAAAAUAUCCUCCAGGAUAUGAACAGCUUCUUAUUCCUUGGUGUGCUAGGUUAGUGAAUUUAGGGUUAGAUAGCUAUUUUCCAGUUGGAUUGCACAAGGCUGUACCUAGUAAAAUCACAUAGGUACAGCUAAUUUUUGUUUUAUCCCACUAAACUGAGCUAGUAAUGGGACCUUGGGAAAGAAGCUCUGAAAUGUUUUAUGCCUACCUCUUGUAGUUGCUGCAGAACAAUAUGAAUAGAAAGACUAAACUGCUUUGCAAAAACGAACUAAAGUAAACCUGUAGUCUUGUGUUUAUAUGUAUAUAGGGAAUAUUUUAAUCAUUGCAGUAACCAAAAGUGGACUGAGUUUGAUAAGAAUGAGUUGGAAGGAUUUACUGGUCAGGCAUGUAUUAUGGGCAUCUUUUGGCCAAGUCUGAUCUGGUUCUGUCUUGAACCUCAUUAAGCACUGUGCUGUUACUAGCCAAGGUGAUCCCCUCAGUACUUCCAUCCUUUUUUAAGGGGUGUCUGUUUUUCCCUGUGAGUGAAUGCUUUCAUGGUUGGGGGUGGGGGGUGUUGGGGGUGUGUGUGGGAUGUAGUAGGGAGUAGAAGGGAGCAGAACUACAUUUCAGAAACAUUUCACACCUGAGCUAUUUUCUUACACAAUGUCUUAAGAAUGUAAUUUCAUGAUGCAGGUAUUUAAUAUCUUUGUAAAGUGAACAUACAUGCCUAUACUAGUUAUAAUUAAAUAUUCAAUUUCAGUAGAUAUUGUGAAUAUAUUAAAGGGCCGGGUGCAUUUGCUGUUACUGAUUAAAACUGUAGUCUUAAUUUAGAUAUCAAACUAAGUUUACUCUUGGCUGUUUGCCUGUUAGUCUAGCCUUUAAAUUGGACUUCUGUAUUCCAGUGGCAUGACUAAAAGGACUAAAUUAUAAUGCAUGCCAUGGUUUUUCUCUCUGUUCCCUGUAACUUGGUUUUCAACUUCAUUGUGAAAUUUCCUGAUUUGUGGUGAACUGGACUUGUUUUCUUUGAACACUUUUUAGUUUAAAAAAAAACACAGCAAAGCUAGAGAAGACUGUUGCAUAAGCCUUUUGUUUUUAUAAUUGUAUUUAUGCUGCUUUACUUUUCUUCAUAUGGAAUAGCAUAUUGUCACCAUGAAUGUGAACUGCUAUAUACAAGGUUAUGUCAACAAAGCAGCUUUAAAAGUUGGAUGAUGAUGUGUAGCAUAUUAGCAAUAAUGACAUGUAUUUAUAAAAAUGGACUUUUUACCUUACUGAGCCAAUCCCUUACCAAUCAUAUGCUACACAAGUGUAAUGUGUAGGUAUUUGUUGUAAAACAUACUCUGGGCCAAGAUUCUUCAUCCACCUUAAUAUCUCUUUUGCCUUACGGUAACAUGGAACUUUAUAGUGGGCAUUUCUGUAUGAGCAAAGGCUUGUGAUGCAUGCUUCAUUCUUUUCAUGUGAAUCAGGAAGAAGCACUUUUCCUGAGGAAAGUUUUAUGCUGAAACCUAGUCUAGUUGUGACCCACAAAAAUAUUCUUUUUUUUUAAUAUUUUUUUUGACACAGUUGAAUUUUGCUGACAAUGUUUGUAUCUUCAUUUGUUUCAUGAAGUUUGAUGCAAUUCAUUUGGCUGCUAAAGUGAAGCUUAGCUUGCUACUUAGCUUUAUUUCUAGGCUGAUUUCUAUGCAGGCAAUGGAACAGAACCAAAAAAAAUAAAAAAAGGCUGAACAGACUUCCAUUUAAAAAAACUAGGUGGGGAUAAUUGUUUAACAGGUGCUUUGGUAUUAGUACAGCCAUCUUUGGCUAUGAAAAAUAAAGCUUCACUUAAGCAAAUUAUUUCAUUUGGAUAUUGUUUGGUUGAUGAUGAAAUGGAAACCAACAGUGUCAAAUGUUGUAGACAAUGCUGCAACAGAACUUUAAAAGUUAUAAACAGCUAAUGUAAAGUUAUGUUGAUCUACAGCUGUGUAGAAAAAUACACCAUGUUUAUUUAAAAUAAUUGUCUGGUUUUUUUCCUUUAUUUAAAAAUAAAUUUUGAAUACAA